CAUAGUUUUCGUGAAGUGGAGGACAAGAAUGCAGAUGCCACAUUUCUGUAGGUAGAAGAGUUUUAGCUUUUGCUCGUAAGCCUGGCUUAAUGCACGAUGCACCCAGACUUGUCUCCUCAUCUGCAUACAGAAGAGUGCAACCUCGUCAUCCGCCUACUGCAAGAGUGUCACAAGGAGCAUUCCGUCAUGAAAUUCUUUGGCCAUUGCAAUCAUCUUGACAGAGAAAUGAGGCAGUGUUUAAAGAGAGAGUACCAAGAAAACAGAGCCAAGAGCCAAAAGAGCGCGGAGGAACUGAGACUGAGAUUGAGGAGCGCUCCAAAGCAAGAGUAG